CUGGAGAAGCGCUAGGGUUUUAACCCCUCUUCUUUCUGCCCUCCUAGCGCCGCCGCCUCCGUCGUCGUAGCAGAAGCAGCGACUCCCAUCGCCAGCAGCUGAAGAAAACAUGGACACUCAGGUCAAGCUUGCGGUUGUGGUCAAGGUGAUGGGCCGCACCGGCUCCAGGGGUCAGGUGACCCAGGUCAGGGUGAAGUUCUUGGAUGACCAGAACCGUCUCAUCAUGAGGAACGUCAAGGGCCCUGUCCGUGAGGGCGACAUCCUCACCCUCCUCGAGUCUGAGCGUGAGGCCAGGAGGCUGCGCUGAGCGCUUGUUUUCCCUGUCUCCCGAAGUAAAAUGCUGUUGCCUUCUUACUGUACUGCGUUUGAAUCAAGUUCUUGAACACUGGUUACAGCUUUCGCGUAGGCUAUGGAGGUGUAAUGAGUACUUCACUGGUUGCAGUUUUGUUAUGUUGCCUAAAUUAAAUCGCACUGUUGUUUGAGACCUGAUCAUGCUGUCACCUCUUGGUAAUGUGAAUUGAUUGGAUAACUGCUA